AUGGCCCAGCUACAGGCUCAACAACAACAUCAAGCGCAACAACAGCACUCCCAAGUAUGCAAUCAACGUGCCUGGAUUAAUGCAACAGCUGAAAAACUCCAAGCGGCGCAGAACCAACAACAUUUAGCCGCCGUGGCGGCUGCAUUUAAUCCCAGCGCUGUCGUGCAUCAGCAGUCCCAGCCCACACAACAGCAAUACUUGCAACAGCAAGCCUCUCCGCAACAAAUGGCACGACCCACCACUAGCGACUUUUCUGCCUACGCCUACGCUCAGCAGCAACAGCAACUACAGUAA